AGGGAAUCGUCGUUUCCUUGGAAACGGUUAGCCGGGCGAUUAUCACGCAGUCUGUCGUCUGCUCCACUGCUGGUUGCCUCAUCGUUACACUCCUCUUUCAUUUACCACUCGAUUUAUUUAUGAAAGUUAAACAAAUUCAGAUAUGCUACAGAAAUAUAAAGUCAUCGGUAAAAAAGGGGAAGGUAGCUUCGCCGAGGUUUUAACUUGUCAAAAUACCAAAGAUGGAAAAUUAUACGCUUGUAAAAGACUUAAAAGAAAAUUUUCAUGUACGGAGGAAGUAUUGAAUCUCGCAGAAAUUCAAGCUCUUCGUCAUCUUUCACCACACUCAAAUAUCGUUCAAUUAUAUGAUGUUAUUUAUGAUAAAACAACUGGAAGACUUGCUUUGGUAUUCGAGUUGAUGGAUGUAAACAUGCACGAAUUAUUAAAAGCUCGGAAGAGACCUUUACCAGAAUUUCGUGCAAAAAAUUAUAUGUAUCAAUUAUUAAAAUCAUUAAAUCAUAUCCACAGGCAUGGAAUCUUUCAUAGAGAUAUAAAACCAGAAAAUUUAUUAAUAAAGGACAAUUUGCUGAAAUUAGCAGAUUUUGGUAGUAGUAGAAGUAUAUAUACAAAGCCACCUUAUACGGAAUAUAUUUCUACAAGAUGGUACAGGCCUCCAGAAUGUUUACUUACAAAUGGUUAUUAUAGCUUUAAGAUGGAUAUGUGGGCUGCUGGAUGUGUAUUCUUCGAAGUUCUAACAAAUACCCCGUUAUUUCCUGGGAAAAGUGAAGUCGAUCAAAUAACAAAAAUCCAUAAUGUACUUGGAACGCCCAAACCUCAUAUUAUUGCCAAAUUAUUUCAACAUACACAUAGUUUUCGACUCGAUAUUCAUUUUACUCCAACUGAAGGAAGUGGUCUUCCUAAUUUUUCACCUCAAAUAUCCUCUGAUGCUCGUCAUUUAAUUUCACUUCUUUGUACUUAUGAUCAAGAUGAAAGAAUUAACGCCAGACAGGCUUUAAAUCAUCCUUACUUUCGAAAUAUCAGAAUAGCAGAGAAAUAUCGAAAUUCCCAUCGAAGUACUUCGAUCACAGACAUGUCAGCCAGAUGGAGUAGAGAUUCCUGGAGGACGCCACAAAUUCCUCGGGCGGCAAGUCUUGAUCUAAGAAUUGACUCGGGAGUUUCUAUGUCAUAUGGAUUUAAAAAAGAUAAACGUAAACGCGAUUUUCGAUUACCUGAAUUAAAUGAAAAUUGGAUGAAUAACUCGCAAAUGUCAAAUCGAAGGCCAAAACCAUACCAUUACGGAGAAUAUACUUUGUAUUUACCGACCAUUCAACCUCAUCGAGCCGAAUGAUUGUUUUAAAAGAUUUCUUCAAAACAAGUUGAAUAAACUCGAGUCAUUUUUUUUCUUUUUUACAAAAAUUUAAUGAAAAUAAAAAUGUUGUUUCUUUGUGUGUUGUAUUUAAUAAAAUGUCUACUCGCUAAUAAUUAAAAGUAAUAUAUUUAUUAAAGUUUCGAAAUAUAUUAAGUAAUUUUGUAUUAAUUAUUCGUUAGAAACGAUUUGUGAAAGUUCGCUGAACAAUUUAUGGAGAAAAUUGUUUAUUCUAUGCAAACAAGUAGCCUACAUUUAAAACUCUAUGAGACUCUAUGGGGGACUCUAUGGGACUCUC